GCUGCCAUACGAAUACAACGUGCGUGGCGUAGAAGUCUUGCCGCUAAAUCACAUCCCCAACUUGAACAUAUGGAUGCGAACUCACGCUGGAAGGAUGCUGGCAUACAUGCACGGAUGAAGAUUGAUAGGCGUGAUGCCGACGAGGGAAAGAAUGAUCCUCGUACGCGCUGGAAGCGUACUGGCUUUCUGGCAUCCAGGAUUCAAGACAAGAACACGUUGUACGCUAGUAACGCGAACUUGAAAGGCCAAAUGUAUAAGGACGACAAGAUGUUGGAGACGCAGCACUGGCUGGAACUUGUAGAC